CCUCCCCCCUCCCCCCUCCCCCCAACAACAAGGAACACUUCAUCAUCUGUCUUUAUUUCCAUCAUUUCUCCCCCUUCACUCGCUCUACUCCACUCUCCCUUCUUUACUUAAUCUUACAGAGCUACGAUGCACUUCUCAUCAUCUCUCUUGGGCCUUGCCCUCGUCAUCUCCUCCACACUCGCACAGGAUGCCCCCAUAAACGGAGUUCAAGUGGCCCCACCCCAAACAGGCGACCAAGUCCAGAUCGUCUACCUGAACGACGGCAACGGCGAGAUCGCAACCGAGAACGUCACCUUCAACAACUGCUUCGCCUCCGAACAGGCCUUUGCUAAAUACUCCUACAUCAACUUUACGCCCAACAACGCUACCAUCAACUUCUACCAGGACUCGAACUGUCAAAACUUCGCCUUCGGUCUCGAUGGAUACUAUGGCGGUUACCCCGGUCCCGCUAGAUCCUUCAAGUGGGUCGGCUGGACCAUGGACUCGCUCGGAGAGUUAUUCACCAAAGGCCCCAUCCAGGGCCAAGGCGAUGCGGCUACAGGGGGCCCACAAGCACCCCCAGGCGGCAAGAACCCUGGCCUGAACACACCCCCACCCUCGACACCAGAUGCGAGCAAGGAUCAGAGCCCCAAUGGCGGCAGCAUUGGAGAUGAUUCGGGAUCCAAGACUUCUUCGUCCUCAACGUUCUUUGGCGGUGUUGUCGGCAGUCUGAUUGUGCUCUCUGUCGGAGGCGUCAUCUUCUGGAAGACGGCGGGCAAGAAGCUGGUCGAGGACAAGGGCAAGGGUGUGCUGCCCUACAACAGAGUCGGCCGCGACGGCGAUAUCUUGCUCACGACCAACAACCGCAGCCAUAACUCGUUCGAGAUUGGAGAUGAGGAUGAUGAGGAGGACGAGGUCGAUACUCGUCGCAACCAGCGCUCGGGACGCCAGGAGCGUUACCAUGAUGAUGACCAGGCUUAAGAUUGAAUAUCAUUACAACCAUACAAUGAACGCCAUCCACAACACUACAACGACAUUACAACUACAAAACGACCAGGAAAACGGAAUAAAGCUUUCUACAGCAUCUAUUUAUAUAUCCUCGGUGCCUUGUUGUUGUUUUGUGUUUUUCUUUGCAUGUUAAAAAGGCUGGAAUGAAGCCCACCUCUCUACUUGGCCUAAACAUUUUAAAGGACAGAAAACUAGUGAGCAUUAAAAGACGC